AUGGUGACCAAAAAUACAAACACGUACGCAGAAGCCUAUACGGGCAUCGAGUCUCAUACAGAACCUGCACAAGUGUACCAACAAAUGCAGUACAUAUCACAGAGAUCGAAGACCAAAUCGUACUUGUACGAGCUCAACGCGGUUUCAGAUAUCACCAAGUACUUCGAUCUGCCAGUGAUCAAAGAGCAUGUAACCGGUACUGUCAAGACGCACCUAGCAACAAAAGUUCAAGAGACUAUCAUGCCCGAGGAGUACUAUGCGAGGUGUUUUAUAACCUCUCACUUGUCUAUGAUGAGUAGUGUGGUUGGGUUGCUUUUGGGACACUAUGUGCUGUGCACAAUGAGUCUUGGAGUAUGGUUGACAUCAAUUAACUACUGGUGGAGGCCUACGGUGGGCCUUGCCAGAACUCUGGACAUGCUGAUUGUGCAGGGUGCUCUGUGGACGCAUCUGUACUAUUCCCAGUACAUGACUGAGUAUGCGGGCGUAUAUUAUCUCACGAUGGCUGCUGCCAUAUUCUGCUAUUUCAAGGCUUCACAACACGGCAAUGUUGGGGAUUUCGAUAAUGACACAAAGUUCCACUGCUUCAUGCAUUUCCUGGGCAAUUUGAGCAACUGUAUACUCUACCUCGGUUUGUGCGUCACUGCUUAA